UUUCACUCUUUUGGUGCGCGGUGCGGUGCAAAUCGAUUUCAAAACAGUCACCGGAUCCUCGCGGCGCCUGUGGUGGCCUGUGAAUUACCCGAUUUUUCCUGCGAACGAUGGUGCGCGCGUCCUAAAUGCAUCGGAUAGUGGCCAACAGUCGGCUGUGGUGUGACCUGGCCGCACGGCACCUGUCCCAGCAGCGCAGUUCCCUGGCCGCACGCCAAGGCCAACUCGGAUUCGUUCGAUUGUACGUAAGCAAAGCUCCAGUGAGUCAGAUUAGCUCGUCCGGCGCGGCUAAAUCAUCCGACGAGCAUAAUGGACCCGCGAAAGGAGCAGCGCCCCAGGCCAUUCCGCUGGCCGUCCCCUUAGUGGUGCCGUUGGACACCAAAGCAAUAGUCAAUGAAAUUACCAAAUCGUUAGAGAGCAAAAGUAAACCGGGGAAGCAGGACGAUGGCCAGGUGGUGGCGUCGAUUACGUCCCUGCCUGGGUUUAGCCGGUUAAUCUACCACUACUUGAUGUUGUCCAAGAUUCGGUUGACUUCACUCGUGGUCAUGACGGCGAUGGCCGGCUACGCGAUGGCACCGGCACCGUUCGAGUUGAGCACGUUCCUGCUCUGUUCAAUCGGAACCACGCUGGUGUCCGGCGCCGCCAACUCCAUCAACCAGGUGAUCGAAACGUCGUUCGACGCACAAAUGGCCCGCACCCGCAACCGCGUGCUCGUCCAGGGUCACCUGAGUCGCCUCCACGCGGUCGGAUUCGCGCUCGGCGCCAGCACCGUCGGCGUCGGAAUGCUCUACUUUGGCGUGAACGAGCUGACGGCGGCGCUCGGAGCGGCCAACCUCAUCCUCUACACCAGCAUCUACACGCCGAUGAAGCGGUACAGCAUACUGAACACGUGGGUCGGUUCGCUGGUGGGCGCCAUCCCGCCGCUGAUGGGUUGGGCCGCGUGCACCGGUGGGGACAUCGGUGCCGGCGCCUGGAUCCUCGCCGGUCUGCUCUACUGUUGGCAGUUUCCGCACUUUAACGCCCUCUCGUGGAACAUUCGCCCCGAGUACCUGAAGGCGGGCUACAAAAUGAUGGCCAACUCCCACCCGGAGCUCUGCACGAGGGUCUCGCUACGUCACACGGGUUACACCACGGCCCUGUGCCUUCUAGCACCGGCACUGGACGUCACAAACAUGUGGUUCGCCCUGGAGACUCUCCCGCUGAACGCUUACUUUGCGUACCUCGCCUACGAGUUCCACCAGAAAGCGGACAGCAAGAGCUCCCGCAAGUUGUUCCGCUUCUCGCUGCUCCAUCUGCCCCUGCUCAUGAUCCUCUUUUUACUUAACAAAAAGCACUGGGUGUUUAGUGACGAUAAGCCGGAAGAGCAGCAGAUUGACGAAUAUCUGGUCCCAAAUAUUGUGGCCGAAGUGGGCGCCGGAAGUGGCGGCGGUGGCAUCAAGGCGAUCGAGGAUAACCUGCUGAUGAACGUGGCUAGCGUUCUGCCGGCGGCGGCCGCGAAGAACUAGAAGAAUUAUAUGUGAACCGCGCGCGCGCGUCGCAGAUGCUGUGUAAAAUAUUGUUGUGUAAGAUGAGCUGAAUAAACGGGAUGACUAUUGUGAUCGGA